UCCAACAAGACCAUCGACGACGAUGUCGGAGGCCAAUGGCAAGCGUCGCCUUGAUCCAGACGACUUGCCCACGACGUCGUCUUCGUCUUCGCACGCACACGCUUGCAAAGCUUGUUCGAGGUCAAAAAGGAGAUGCGAUCGCAAGCAGCCUUGCUCACAUUGCGCGGCCAAAGGACAGCCCUGUGAGCAAUUUGGCGACGACGAGGGAGCAGUCAAGAAGCCGCGCAAGAAACGGUUUCCAGAGGCUACGCUCCUAGCUACCAUCAAGGCGUAUGAGGCUGCCCUGACGGCCAACGGCAUCGACGCAGAAGCUGUCAAGCGAGCGGCCAGCGUCGACGAGUCGGCAGAAUCGACGACCCUCGACGCUUCUCAUCCUGAUGCCCUCGAGGAGUUUGACAACGUGCAGUCAAUUGUGCAGGGCGAGGGCGCACCGAAUGGGAUCCAAGGCGGGAAGACUCUCGCGCCGGCAUCGUCGUGCUCCCUCUUCUCCCUACCUCGCGACUUACCAAAUCGUCAAGCCAUCCUGCGACACUUUGACGAAGCGUUUGAAGAUGAUGCACACUCUCUGCUCGCCUUCAAGGACCACGCGCCUGGUCAGCCGCUCAACCAUCCUUCAACAUUCCAAAUCUUCAAGCUCUGGAGCACCUACACCGAGCGCGUCCAUCCAGUCUGCAAGAUUCUCCACGCCCCGACGAUGCAGGAGAGGAUCUUUGCCAUCGGUGAUAAUCUCGAGGCUAAGGCAACGCCAACGGAUCACGCUCUCCUCUUUGCCAUCUACUUUAUCGCCGCAUUCACGUUGUCGGGCGCGGAACUCGGCGCAGUCUUUGGCAGCGAGACAGACGUCCAGACCACCCUUCUCCACCUCGCCAUGUCAACGCAGACGGCCUUGGCAAGGGCUGGCGUCUUCAAGUCUUCAGAUCUGGGCGUAUUGCAGGCCUACAUCCUCUAUCUGAUUCCUCUUCAGCGCUUCAUCGACCCACGCACCUUUGCCUCCUUUACCGCCAUUGCCGACCGCACAGCUCGCCGGAUCCACAUACAUCGCGAAUUGCGCCAAGCCAAGAGCCCAUUGGAGCAAGAGAUGCGCCGUCGAGUGUGGUGGGAAGUUCUCAUGCUUGACGCGCGAGCAGUAGAGAAGAGCGGCGCAGGCUGCGGCGUCCUAGCAAGCAAUUGGAAUGCCAAGCUGCCCCGAGCUUGCAACGAUGCGGAUCUAGUACAAGCGGGCGAAUCGAGCAGCACGCCGCACACGCCUGGUUCACCUGGUUCAGAGUCAUUUCUUUUCGCCGUGCGCUGUGAGCUUGCCAGCUUCCUCGCCAACCUACGGCAGCGACAAGGGUUACACUUGGGCAUGACGGAGCUCUCGAGCGUUGCGAAUCUGUCGCUGCAGAACAAGCGCGAAGCCAUCGAUGGCCUUGAGCGCACCCUCGAGCAAAAGCUCCUGCGACACUGCGAUGACGUGCACGUCCUCACCAAGCUGGCAAGAUGCUGCGCAAGGUUUUACCUGUCGAAGAUGAGAUUGCAAGCAGAGAUAGCCCACAACCAGCAGCUCAACAAGCAACAGGCCACACAGAAGAAUGGCGCCGACCGUGAAGCUCGAGGUCUGCACAUCCUCACCCUCUGCUCAGAUCAGAUUCGCCUCUUCACCGAGAUGCGCUCCUCUCCCGCACUUGGCGCCACCUUUUUCGAAUGGUACUGGAUUCAGCAGAUGCCCUUUCUGGCCUUUCUCUACUCCUUCUCCCUCCUCCGCGAGCACACCUUGGGAAAGGUAGUCGACGACUGCUGGGACGCCAUUGAGCGCUGUUGGGAAAUGUGGUCCUUCAACGAAUCCAUCAGCGAGAGUGAGCAGGUGGCUGAAGGUCCGACGGGAAUUCGAGGAAGGAAAUGCUGCCUUUUAGCUACGGGCGCUGGGGGAGAGGGCAAGGGACCCUUCAAUAUGCUGCCGUUGAAGCGCUUCUCCCUCUUUGCCAACAUCAUCAAGCCUACGUGGGCGUUGCGUCGGGCUGCGCUUGCGAGGCGUGAUGGUGUCGAAGUGGAGAGCAUCCCCGUACCACCCUUUGUCCAGAGGCUGCUGCAGUCCCGCGAAAAGUUUGCGGGUAUGCCAGGCAGUACGACGAUCGAGUCUACCGCAGCGAAGGGCGUGCUGGAUGGAGGACCGCUCGACUUUGUAUCAUCCGAGCCAUCAGCGCAGCCUGCUGUCGCAUCGACGGACCCGCCUUCUCUCGACAACUUUGACCUCGAUUCGAUUCUGGCGUCCUUCCUCGGCGGAGGCGGCGGUAGCGGCGACAGCGGGAGCACGUUGACGCCGCUGAGCUAUAGCGAUUUUCUGCCAUCGUCUUCGCCCGAUGAUGCGUUCGGCAGCUUCCUUGACCAGCCAGACGUCGACGUCAGUCACGCCAACGGCUGGACGUGAAGAGAUGUACGCGAUGAGAUUAUACGAUUCACACGAUACCACGGCGAUACUGCCUCCUUGUAAUGCCAGACUCGUCUCAUGAUGCCGCCACUGUGUCUACCUGUACCUGCUCAUUGACGCCGCUGCUAUUCGUCGGCACGGCCCCGUAAUGCUUGCGUGGCGGCCUGCCCCGCUGGUGAUGAUGAGAAUGACUAGAUAUCGAGCCAGUCUCUUCGUCGCUACUUGUUCCAGCGUUGCGAUUGAUCUCGCCCUCUUUACCUCCCCACGCCAU